CCUCCCAAACCUCCCCCUCUUCUUCCUCGCCAACAACGACCAUCACCACAGCAAAACAAGGGAAACCAACCAUGUCCAACGUGCCCACCUCCCUCCGCGACUCCUCCCUCACCGUCUUCCGCCUCGCCAUCUCCAGCUCCGACCCCUGGCCCUUCUCUUCCUAACCCUCUCGAGUUCGACCGAUCUCCCUCUCCCCUCCUCCUUCUUCACCAGAAGCCCUCGUCCGGUCCUCGCCUCCGAUCGAUCCGAUGCACCUCAGGCAGCAGCAGCAGCACCACAGGGCGGAGAUGGUGGCGCCCAAGGGGUGCGUGACGGUGCGCGUGGGGGCCGAGGGGGAGGAGCAGCGCCGCUUCGCCGUGCCGCUCGACCACCUCAAGCACCCGCUCUUCGGGGCCCUCCUCGACGAGGCCGAGCGCGAGUACGGCUUCAGGCACCAGGGCGCCAUCGCCAUCCCCUGCCGCGUCGACCGCUUCGUCCACGUCGAGCAACUCAUCGACCGCGACCUCGGCGUGCAGGGCCACCAGCUCGUCGACCUCGACUGCGGCGCCACCACCGCCCACUCCCACGGCCACCUCCACCUGCCGCGCUUCGUCGGCUGCUUCCGCGCCUGACCCGUGGAUCCAUCGAGGGGUUCGCUUCUUCUUGCUGUUUCUUUAGGGUUGGUUGGUUGAGUAGUUCUCUCCCGUAUGCUAGGUGCUAGCUGGCUGGUUUGUUUCGCCCCUCCGCUCUCCAUCUUCAAUUCGGUGUUGGGUUGUUAUGGCUGUUCUCGAUUGGUUUGGUUUGUGCUGGGAGAAUCGGCCGGAGGACGAAUUCGAUGUUGAUGACGACGACAAAUUAUGAUCCAAGUGUAAAGAGAUAAUAUAAUUGUUACUAGCUUAA